AUGGCAGCUGGGUCUCGCCUGAUUUGUAUGAACAAUGUGCCCAUGGAAAUCGAGCUCACAAAGGAGCCUUUGCGAGUUGGACGUGCUGUGCAGCCUUUCACCAUUUGGCAGCAACUCAUCCCAGAUGAAGCAACAAGGAACACAAUCUCGCGCAACCACUUCGAGGUGGUGCGUAGCACGGCCAGCGUCUACUUGCUCCGCAACCUGAGCGCGCAGGGGACGCUUCUGAAUGGGUUGAGGGUCGACCGGGAGGUGAUCCUGAAGGAUGGAGACGUCAUCAGCAUGGGACAGGUGGGCUCCGAGUAUGGCAGCAGGCCAGCCUUGCAGUUCAAGGUGCACCUAGCAGAGGAGGACCUCGCAGAUGAGGACCUGGCAGGUGAGGACCUCGCAGGUGAGGACCUGAUCACCAGAGCUCCAGUUUCCCUAUGCCUUUGGUGGCUCCUUCCAGGUGCUAACGGCGCAGGACCCACGGUGCUUAACAAGCAGCUGUUGGCUGGGCCAACGGGUGGCAUACGCGUGGGCAGAGCCAUGCAGCCUCAGGAAUUUUGGCAGACUCUGGUUCCUGACGAAUCGUUACGGAAUGCGAUCUCUAGGGAACACUUCGAUGUGUGUCCUACGGACGAAGGAGUCACGCUCAUCAACCGCAGCGUAGCCGGGACACUGCUCAACGGCGUGCUCAUACAACAGCAGAGCCGUGUGAACAACGGUGACGUCUUGGGCAUCCCCUUGCACGGCCAGCCAAGAGCCCCCCCAAUCGUCCAGUUCCGCUUGGAGUGCGCACCAUGUGCUGCCGAUAAAGAAGUGAUAAGAAAAGCAGGCGACGGAAUGGAUGGGGCACCCAAGUCUCCCAAAUGUGCGCCCAGGUUGCUCGGCGCCAUUGGGAAGGGGCCCGCGGGGCAGGAGAGCGGAUUGUCACCCCCUAAAGAGAAGGAAGCCGCAGACGUUGUCAAGAUUGCCGUAGACGCGCUCCCUCCGCCAUUCUCCCUGGAAUGUGUGGCUGCAAGAGGCUUUGAAGGGAGAGACAUGGAGCAGCUACCCAUGGAAUCCCGUGUUUUAGCGGCAAGCUUCUCGCAGGCGGAGAUCUCCGUGGGGUCUUCGUAUCAAUCUGGAGAUUUCUGGGAGCCCUUGCUGCGGGAUCCAGCACUCCGGGCCAAGAUUCUCCCUCUGCACUUCCGACUGGAGAUGGCUCACCUCAGCGAUGGGCCUAUGCUGGUACUCGAUGCACACGCUGCAACCGAGCUCAAUGGCAAAACCGUCGAAGGCAAGGCGCCAGUUUUGCAAAAUGACUUGAUUAGCAUCGGCAGCAUGGAUGGCUUCACAGACAAUGCCCCUUUGGUGUGCUUCCGCGUGAAUUCGGCAUUGAGCUAA